AUGGGGGAGGAUUCUAGGGAGUUUGGAGAAAGCACCAAAAUCAACCACAAGAUGGAAGAAGUUCAAAGAGAAGAAGAAAUAGACCCAGAAAGCAAUCCGCUGAAUGAGCCACUGCUCAAGAGGAACUGGACACUGUCUUCCAACGCUCUUGCUCUGGUUGGAGAAAAAGUUUCCUUCAUAGAAAGCUUGGAUUAUGAGAUAAAUGAGAAUGAUCUAUUCAAGCAUGACUGGAGAAGCAGGUCAAGAGUUCAAGUGUUGCAGUACAUAUUCUUGAAAUGGUUAUUAGCAUUCCUUGUUGGACUUCUCACCGGUAUUAUAGCUACUCUUAUCAAUCUUGCUGUUGAGAAUAUUGCUGGGUACAAGCUUCUGGCUGUUCUCAGAUACAUCCACAAAGAAAGGUACUUGGCAGGUUUCCUAUAUUUCACGGGCAUUAAUUUCAUUUUGACAUUUGUUGCUGCUAUUCUGUGCGUGUGUUUUGCUCCCACAGCAGCAGGACCUGGAAUUCCUGAGAUCAAAGCUUAUCUUAAUGGUGUUGAUACUCCCAACAUGUUUGGUGCUACAACAUUGAUUGUCAAGGUAAGAUUCGCUGUAUGCAAUUCCUUCAUUUCUGAUUAA